CAACAAUUCCCAGAAGGCUGUGCGCACUUUCGGUUCCCGAGUGAGAAGGCCAGCUGAUUUCCUGCGUCUUUAAAAUGGUCUGCCAUUAAAUAGCUAUUCUGUUUGUGUUUGUGUAGUUUAAGAGCGAAAAGAAAGCGAAACGAUGUCGAAUGUUUGGUCAGCAGUCUAUCUGUGAGAACGUGGAAGUUGUAGGGCGCAUUUUGCGCUGCCCUGGAACGAUCAUAAAGCACCGUACAUUUUCCCUUUUCUCAUUUGAGAUACUUCCUUUUUAAAACGCCAGCACCCUGAAUGCUGUUCGGAGCAGGAUUACUGAAACUUCGUACGACUCGAAUCCGAGUGUGUGAUUUAAGCACAGCGUGGUCCUGUCCUAUCUGAUAUCUUCACUAAUCGGGGUGGUGGAGUGCCUGUCGAUGGUGUGCCGCUGCCCCAGAGGUCCUGCUGCGCUAGCCGGGAGUACAGCUUUCUGGGCUUUAGGGAGAACCUGAGUGACUGACCAUUUCAUCUAGAGGCAUCAGAAGUUGCGACAGUAAUCUUCUCUGGGAAGCAGUAUGACCUCGCAGCACGACUCGGAUACGCAGGUGAGACUUCGCUUAAUCUUAGUCAGUGGGAAAACUGACGAAUUUACAUUCUCAUCCAAUGAUUCUGCUGCAGAUAUUGCCAAACAUGUGUAUGAGAAUUGGCCAGUGGACUGGGAAGAUGAACAGGUGAGCAGCCCCAACAUCCUGCGGCUGAUUUACCAAGGUCGCUUCCUGCAUGGCAAUGUCACAUUGGGAGCUUUGAAAUUACCACCAAGGAGAACCACUGUGAUGCACCUUGUGGCUCGUGAAAAUUUGCCAGAGCCCAACUCCCAUGGUCAGAGAAAUCGAGAAAAGACCACAGAAAGCAGCUGCUGUCUACUGUUGUAAAUCGUCUUCAGUAUUGCACAGUCAUUUUUCCUUUUAAUCUCAUCGUCCCAAAACCCUCUGUAUAAUGAGGGUAAUGAACUUGAAAUUGAUCACCACCUUGGGCGAUCCCUUAAAGAAGGCAAAUUAAUUAGAUCUACUUUUGUUUUCUUCCCUAAAAUUGUGUUUGUUUUGUAAAGCCUAACCGUUGUCAUGAGCCAAAUGCCCAGCUAUAGCACAAUUCCCUCUCUAUGCCUUGCCAUGUGGACAGUUGAAGAUGAGGAAUGAUGCAAUGGAAAAAUAUUGGAAAAACAUAUAGAAUACAUCCAUUUCCCAACCCGCUGAAUCCGAACACAGGGUCACGGGGGUCUGCUGGAGCCAAUCCCAGCCAACACAGGGCACAAGGCAGGAAUCAAUCCCGGGCAGGGUGCCAACCCACCGCAGGACAUAUAGAAUACAUAAUUUGGGUAAUUGAAAUAUCUGCUGUAUAACUACAUUUUGAGUUGUUAACUUGUUUCCUCUUCCUGGGCAAUAAUGGUUUUAUGUAAAGAUGUGCUGUGGAAACUUGGCCAAUGAGGAAAGACUGAAAUGAAAAUUAAACUAAUUCUACAAGCAAGUGACAAGGAAAUAAGAAAUUGUUUACUGACUUGUGUGUACAUUUUUGAUAAUGUUGCAACAAAACAUCCUCUGGACUUUAAAGAUUAAAGGCCUCAAUUGCUGUUUUGGUGCACUGGCAAUCCAUGUAUGUCUUUUAAUUAAGCUGGUGCCAAGCCAUGUACUGCUAAACUAAAGUAUGUGCUCUUAAUGUGAACAACUUGACUGAUUUCUAAAGGAAGAGGAGCCAGCAAUGGAAGGAAGAAAUCAAAUUCAAGCAUGAAGUAUCUCUGAGUAUCGUUUGUUUUUGUGUGUGUAAAUAAAAUGGUUUAAUACUGGAUUUAAAGGACUUACACGUUGUAAAUUUGAUUGGAGAUAAAGAGGCAAAAAAGAUGAGUGAAUACAAUUCAGUCCAAGCGAUUAGUUCAGCAAAGUUUAUUUCAGAUCAUGGUGUGCCUAAUUAGUAUUGCUGUAGUCAUUACAUUUUGGUCAUUUGUUACUUCAGUGACAGGCUGAGCAUUGAGGUAAUCUGGAUCAGAGUGAUGCCUAAAAAUGGCAUUGUAGUGACAAGUUUAUUACAUGGUAAUGUGCCUUGGGUGCACCUUUUUAAGAAUCUUCUGAACUACAACAUUUUGCAUAUUUUAAAGAACAAUGGAUUUCAGUUGUAUGGUCCCCAUUUCCACAUCUAAUUUUCCAUUAAUUGUCAUUGUAAUUAACUUGGUGGUGGUGACCUGGAGUCAAAACUUGCCAAAACGAAUUCAGCUUUGGCUAGAUUGUUGACCAUAAGAAACCUAAUGGCAAAAGUUGGACUUGUUUGAGACACCUAGCUUGACAUGGACCUUUAUGGGAUUGUUGCUGUCUUUCCUGACCUGGUGUGAGUAAAAUUUACAAGCAAGUGGCUUUUUGUUUGAUCUAUUUUACUUUUAUUUCAAAAAAAUUAAUUACUGUAAAUCAAAAUCAUUAUUUAUUAAAUUAGAAUAAAGAAUAUUAGUGAUUAAUAUACCUGAUUUUAAACCGAGAUCUUCAUUCCUAUUCCUUAAGAGCAACAGAAUACUCUGUUCUACUUCCUGCCAAUUAAUCACUGAAUAAUGCACUAAAUUAAAAAAAAAAAAAUUGAUGUUGUCCUCUGGUUUAUGGUUCCAAAACUGUUUUCAAAUGUGAACAUAAGGAAGGUACAGUCUUUUAUAUAAAAGUGAAUAAUCUGUUAAUCCCAAGCAGGUUACAAAAUUGAAUCCUGUCAUGUCACUUGUUUAAUCAUAAGGUACGUCCUUGCUCUAAAGUGCUACAUAGUCAGCAUUGUUUCUUUUGUUAAAAAAUCUACUCGUCUUAUUAAAUCCAUAUUGCAUCAUUAAUUUGCCACUGUUUCCAAUGGAAAUAAAUGAUAUGGGCGGUAUUAAAAAAAGAUUUUGUUAGAAAAUAUAACAAAAGCCAAAUGGAGAAGUGAUAAGUCUGAGUACUGUCAUUUUUCUGAAUGUAAUAAAGUAGUGUGUCUGCUCUUUG